GGUUAUGCCUUUUGGCCUUACGAAUGUCACGACCACGUUCUAAGCGGUUAUGACGACGGGGCUCUGACACAUGCUAGACAAAUUUGUACUCAUCUACCUCGACGAUAUCUUGGUGUGCAGUCGGAGUUUGGACGAGCAUGUGGAGCACCUUCGCACCGUUUUGGAGCGGCUACGACAAGCCAAGUACAAAGCCAAUCGCGAUAAAUGUGAAUUAGCGUGGCAAGAGCUUGAGUACUUGGGCCAUUAUGUGACGCCGCAAGCCAUCAGUCCGCUCGCGGACAAGAUUGAGGUCAUCCGCGUAGGGCCCGAGCCCACCAACACCACGGACGUUCGCUCAUUCAUGGCGUUGGCAGGCUACUACCAACGCUUCAUCACCGGGUACUCAAGGAUUGUCGCACCAUUGACACGACUACAAUCGCCAAAGGUGCAAUUCGUAUUCGACGACGAAGCGCGCCGGUCAUUCCAAGCACUCAAGACGGCCAUGCUUAUGACACUUGUCCUUAGCAUCUACGACCCCACCUUGCCAACGAGAGUGACAACCGACGCCUCCGACUAUGGCAUUGGGGUAGUCUUGGAACAACACGACGGCGACGACUGGCAUCCCGUGGAGGACUUCAGCCACAACGUGCCUCCCAUCAACUCACUUGAUGAUGCAAGGAAUAAGGAACUACUCGCGUUCGUGAUGGCUCUCAAAUGAUGGCGACACUUCCUCCUUGGGCGUCGUAGGGGUGUUGGCCAUUUAGAGAUUUUGUCGGUCUUGGAUGGAUCGGGCUUCCUCCCAUAUGACCCGCAGCGAAAUCCUAAGAUGGUCACUUCUGGAACUGCCAGGAUACUCUUAGGUCUGCUGGCAGUAAUAUUGUACACCAAAAACCUACAGAGAAGCUCCUUGAUGUCCUGCAAGUGAUCCCAUACGAAUUUCCGCACUCCGGGUUGAACUUUCGUCUCAUCCUUUUCUUGGGUGCCCUUAAUCGGGUUGUCAUCAAUGUAAGGUUCGCACUUUGGAGGGAACAUGUCCCCUGCGACUACGAGCAUCCUCCUUCGUGCUUCUGCCACAACAUUGGUGAAGCCUAUAGGAGUCUCUUGCAUUUGUAGCUGGCCUACCGGGGUGUACAUGGCCGUGUAGGGUCUAUCUCGGGCGUCCAGCGGGAGCUGAUCGUAUCCAGAAUAGAGAUCUACCAAUGAGUAAAUGCUUCACCCGACG